AUUUAAAUCUUUCAGGUUGAUGUCCCUACUGUCCCUCUCCAUCGCCAUCCAGUAUGACUGCGAGAACGACUUCUUCGAUGAGAACUUCUGUCUCAUCUCCAGCUUGCGGGCAUCCAACGAAUACCCGGCCUGUAAGAUGCAACUCCCGGACCACAAGUCGAUCCAGCUUCAGUUUGCCCACCUAGAGUACCUGUCACCGGUGCUGGUUUACCGGAUGCCCAGCGUAGAACGGCUGGACAUCUCCAACAGUUACGUGGGAAAGGCUUUCGUUAAGCCUGAGUUGGAGUACCUAAAGAUUUCCGGCUGUCAACUUGCGGAGCUGUUUUUGGAUCCGGAAGAGGAAUACCAGCUGACGGAUCUGCACCUGCCGGCAAAUCAGCUGACGAGACUGCCGAAGAACUUGAACCACUUGAAGAACUUGACAAUGCUGGAUCUGACGAGCAAUCGGUUGGACUUUCUGGACAUGAGCCAGUUCAAUGGACUGACAAAUCUGCUCUGGAUCCAACUCAACGACAACUAUCUCAAAGUGAUAUUCGCUGACGGUUCUGUGAAAUUGCCCGCUUUGACGGAUCUUAGCAUGGCCCGGAACGAUAUCGGACUGCUGGACAUAUCUCGCUGGGAGGUUCCACUUCUGCAGGAGUUUUACGUCUCGAACAAUCGACUGCAGGAACUGAGCGGUGACUUCCCGAAGAAGUUCCCUCAGUUGAGGACGGUUAGCUUGGCCGAAAAUCAGUGGGACUGUGAGUGGCAGUUGAGGGUUCGGAGUGAGCUUCAGCAGCAGAAUUGUACCUUCGAGUGGUUCGAUUGUCGGGAUUCGGCGCAUGCUCUGGCCACGGUUAAGAGUCUGAAGAAAGAACAACAGCUGAGGCAGUCUAUGAAGGAUACGCUCGAGCAGUUUGCCUUGAAUGCCACCGGGACCGCCGCGGUUGAGUUCGAUGACAUUGUGGAUGAUUUGUUCUGCAGGAUGUAUGGAGUGCAGUGAGUUUUCCGUUGCCCGUUCAAAGUAAAUCGAAAUUAAUGUUUUAAAUAAAAUAUUACUUCUAGGUGAGUCACUUGUUCAAUAAAAGCAUUUUUCAACAGAAAAUCGCAAAAAAAUAACUCAGUUAUC